CAGCUUGUCUGUGAUUAUUGUCGGCUUUUUUUCAUUAUACUGGCUUCAAUGCUUUAUCCAAAUAAUAAUAUUUAAUGUCGAAAUAUAAAGUCAAACAUUCUCAUUAUUCAAUAAUUUAAUUUAUUUUGUUAAUAUUAAUGUAUACAUAUGAUUAAAAUUAAUGCCGAGGCAAUGGAUAAUUUUUCCAAGAUCGAAAAAAUUGGUGAAGGAACGUACGGUGUUGUUUACAAAGCCAAAGACAAAUUAACUGGAAGAUUUGUUGCACUUAAAAGAAUUCGUCUUGAAACCAGGGAGAGUGAAGGUGUACCAUCAACAGCAAUAAGAGAAAUAUCAUUGUUGAAAGAACUGACACAUCCAAAUAUUGUUCGGCUUUUUGAUGUCGUCUAUGGGGAUAAAGAUUUGUACCUUGUCUUUGAGUAUCUUCAACAAGAUCUCAAAAAAUUUCUUGACUCUGCUAAAUCAAAUGCUGCCAAUCAACUUCAUUGGCAUGAGUUAGUCAAGAGCUAUUUAUAUCAAUUAUUAAAAGCAAUUAAAUUUUGUCAUCUCAAUUUGAUACUUCAUAGAGAUUUAAAGCCACAAAAUCUUCUUAUUGAUAGAGAGGGAAAUAUUAAAUUGGCUGAUUUUGGUCUUGCAAGAUCAUUUGGUAUUCCAAUGCGAAUGUAUACACAUGAAGUUGUUACUCUUUGGUACAGAGCACCUGAAAUAUUAUUAGGCACUAAAUUAUACUCAUCUGCUGUUGAUAUAUGGAGUUUGGGUUGUAUUUUUUCUGAAAUGGCUACAAAGAGAGCUUUGUUUCCUGGUGAUUCAGAAAUAGAUCAACUAUUUAGAAUUUUUAGAACACUAGGAACACCAGACGAGACAACGUGGCCUGGAGUUUCACAAUUACCUGAUUAUAAAUCAAUGUUUCCUCAAUGGGAUCGAAUGAAUUUAAAAGAAGUUGUACCAAACUUUGAUGAUGAUGCACGAGAUCUUUUUUCAAAACUUUUAACAUAUGAUCCAAGUACACGAAUAACAGCAAUGGGAGCAUUGAAUCAUCCAUACUUUAAAGAUGUAAAAACUAUACUACCAAUACUGCCAAAGAAAGACUGACCCUCUAUGAAUA